AUGGCAUCGCCGCUCACACCCGGUGGCGGGUUCAUCAAUGGAGCUGGCAGCCAGGAGGAGUCUCUCUGCAUGCGGUGUACGCUUCUCCCUUCGCUCAAGGAUGAGUGGUACCGACUGCCGGAACUUGGGGCGAUUUAUACCCCGGACAUUUUGGUCUUCAGGGAUGAGGGCGUCGAAGAGGUCCUGGAGAAGAAGGAUCGUUGGUUUGUCGACUGCAUCAGCGCUGCCAUGCUCCGGAACCCGGAGACUGAACGAGAUGAGUCGACAGGAUUCAGUCACUAUGUUAAUGACGCGGACCGCCAACUUGUGCAAGAGAAGAUGAAGAUGCUUCUGCGCAUAUGCGAGGCUAAGAACAUCGAAAAGGUUGUUCUAGGAGCUUGGGGCUGCGGUGCUUUCGGUAACCCGGUCGGAGAGGUGGCUACGGCAUGGCGGAGGGUGCUGCUUCCCAGAAACGACAACAAGUCGAAGAAAAAAGGCGGCAAGGAGACUUGGAAUGGCAUCAAAGAGGUUGUCUUCGCGAUAAAAGAUGCUGGUAUGGCUGACGCGUUUGAGUCUGCUUUUGGGAAAGGUCUCGAGCGCGAAGAACCCGAAGACUCUGGAGACGAGGAUGAAAGUGAGGUUGAUCCUGAGGAGACGAAACGGGCAGAACUCAAGGCCAGAAUACGGGAACUCGAAGCUCGCAUUGAGAAAGCUCCAAAUGCACAGCUGAAAACUGGGCUUGCAUCUAUCCUUGCUGGCCUAGUGAGCCAGCUUCCACCGGACGAAGGCGAGGACACUGGCGAAGAUAGUGAUGAUGCCAUCUACAGCGAUGCAGAACAUGAGUAG